GAGUGAGAUUCAGAGGGAGGGUGGGUGUAGCUCUCGUCAGGACAGACAGUGUUCGGGAUUAUCAGGAUGAUGAAAGAAACGGCUGUUGUUGUCAUUUUUCUUCAUGUUUCUCACUGCUUUGCUCAGUCAGAUGGGAAUUUGUUGAUCUACAAUGCUCAUAAGAACAGAUGCCUGGGGAACAACCUGCAAGUACUAGAGGUGUGUGACCUCAGGAACCCGAGACAACAGUUCCGCUGGACUUCAGCGAACCGCAUCUUCAAUGUUGCUGAGAAGAAAUGCCUCGGCACAGGGAACAAGAGUGAAGGCAGUAAACUGCAGUGGUAUCAAUGUGAUGCCAACAGUGACCUUCAGAAGUGGGAGUGUGAGAACAACUCACUGUUUGGAUUGAAGAACGAGACUCUGUACUUAUCUAAUUCACUAGUACUGUCCAGAGACCCAGGAGAGAAGGGCAAGUGGACUCUUCGUGGAACGACGGACAGCAUUUGCUCUCGUCCGUAUGAAGAAAUCUACACACUUAAAGGAAACUCGUUUGGACGCCCCUGCCAUUUCCCAUUCCUUUAUAAAAACACCUGGUACACAAACUGCACUACUGGCGAUCGUUCAUUCAAUCUUUCAUGGUGUUCCAUUGAAAGUGAAUAUGACCCGAAUCAGCUCUGGGGUUACUGCCCACAUCAGGAAAUAGUUCAGCAGCUCUGGAGGAAGAACCCACUGACAGACGUUUAUUACCAGGUGAAUGAGGAUUCUGCACUGACCUGGGAUCAGGCCAGGAAGAGCUGUCAGCAGCAGGGGGGAGACCUGCUGAGCAUCACUGAGCCCCACGAGCAGACCUUCAUAUCAGGGUUGACUCAGAGGACCGGUCCAGUCUUGUGGACGGGGCUGAACAGUUUAGAUGCUUCAAGAGGAUGGCACUGGGUCGGUGGACAACCUUUUCGCUAUCUGAAAUGGAUGAGCGGACAACCGUUUUCUCUACCAGGCUACAGCUGUGGAGUGCUAGAUCAGUCUCAUGAUUCUGGAUGGUCCACUGCUGUUUGUUCUGAGAGGCAUGGAUAUAUCUGCCAAAGAUGCCUCCCUACUCCCACUGUUCCACCAGUUGUGCACACAGGUUCUUGCUACAGUCCGUGGAUCCCUUACUCAGGACACUGCUACUUACUCAGUCGCACAAAGAGAACAUGGCUGGAGGCGAAAGAUGCCUGUCGACGUGAAGGUGGAGAUCUGCUGAGCAUCCUUAAUGUAGAAGAACAAAGCUUCACCAUCUCACAACUGGGAUAUGCAAAGACAGAUGAGCUGUGGAUCGGGUUAAAUGACCUUCAUACUUCGAUGCUGUUUCAGUGGAGUGACGACUCUAACGUUCGGUUUGCUUUGUGGGACGUGAAUGAGCCGAGUCACAAGGCUGACCCAAAGGAAAACUGUGUAUUAAUGAGAGGAGAGGAGGGAACGUGGGCAGAUCAAAUCUGUCAGAAUAAGUAUGGCUUUAUCUGCAAAAAGAAAAAACACACAGAUCCAUCCACUAACGACACUGUUAUUACACAUCCAGGCUGCAGACCUGGUUGGAUCAGGUUUGAUUCCUACUGCUAUCGUGCUGAAUCAGACACUAAAACCUUUGAAGAAGCCAAAGAGAUGUGUGAGAAAACUGGAUCUUAUUUAGCAGACAUUACAAACAGGAUUGAAAAUGCCUUUCUGGUCAGUCUGACUGGAGCACAAUCAGGACACUUCUGGAUCGGUCUGUCCAACCAAGAGGAUGUGCAUGUUUUUGAAUGGACCAAUAGCAACAAAGUUUUGUUCACACACUUUAAUGCUGGAAUGCCAGGGGGAAAACAUGGUUGUGUUGGCAUGACCACAGGAAUACUCGCUGGAUUAUGGGAUGUGUUGAGCUGCACUAACGUAGAGAAGUACAUCUGUAAGCAGAAAGCUGAAGGGGUGAUCACAACUACAACCCCCCCAACCACUCCCACUCCAAAGUGCAGUGUGGGCUGGAAUCCACUACCAGACAGAGACCUUUGUUUUAAGAUUUUUAAUCCAGUAACAGAAGCGAAGAAGACGUGGUUUGAGGCUUUGGACUACUGCAAGGAAGUUGGGGGUGAUCUGCUGAGCAUCCAUGGCCCUUCAUAUUUUGAAGAAUUUCAAUAUUCAUCAACAGCAUGGAUUGGCUACAGCAUCCAGGACCCCUCAGUUGGUUUUACCUGGAGUGACGGUUCCUCUUCCUCCUAUCAAAGCUGGCAGGAAGGGCAACCAGACAAUUUAAACAAUAUGGAAAAAUGUGCUGCAGUUACUUAUGAAUACUGGCGCAACUCUGAGACUGGAGAGUGGAGAGACAUGCAGUGUGGAGACAGACUGGACUGGCUUUGUGAGAUUCAAAAAGGUGUGACUCCAAAGGAAGUAAACAUCACAAGUAAAGUGUAUAAUACAACUGAAGAUGGCUGGAUUAUUUUCAACGGAAAUCAGUAUUAUUUCUAUAACGAUGAAUCUGUCCCUAUGGUGGAAGCACGGAGCUUCUGUAAACACAGACAUGCUGAUCUUGUGGUCAUUAAUGAUGAAAGUGAGAGACUGUUCCUGUGGCAUCAGAGUAAAGACAAACGACCUUAUUCCUACAUUGGGAUGAUUGUUGAUCUGGACAAGUCUAUUUCGUGGAUGGAUGGAUCACCAGUGGUAUUCCAGGCAUGGGCAGAAAACGAGCCAACCUUUCUCUACAGCGAGGAGCAAUGUGUUGCGAUGAGUUGGCCUCAUGGACUUUGGGAAAGUGUGAACUGUGGUCUAAAAAUAAAGUUUAUCUGUAAACGAAGUGAAGCUGUCCCGGCCCAUGCCACUGCUGCACCCACUGACCCCCCUACAGGAGGCUGUGCUGACAACUGGCAUAAACUACAGAAACAGUGUUUCAAGAUAGGCCUGGAUCUGAAAACCUGGGAUGAAGCAAGAUCAUACUGUAGGAGUCUUGGAGGAGAUUUAGCAUCCAUUACUAACAGUCUUCAGCAAGCAUUCUUGACCCUGAUGAUGGAUGACGGAGGCCCAGAUUUAUGGCUUGGCUUCAAUAAUUUGGCGGACAAAGGCUUUAGAUGGACCAAUGGAAGUCCUGUUCUUUACACAACCUGGAGAAAAGGCAAUACGGGUGGGUCUUGUGUUGCUAUGGAAGGUGGUUCAAAUCCUGAUAUGGGACAGUGGGUUAAAAAAGACUGCAACAGCAAAAAUGGUUAUAUUUGCAGUGCCGCUAUAGAUCAACAAAUCACCUCAAGUCCUAAAGAGAUGCCUAAAACUUUCCACCAUGGAAAUUCAUCUUACAUUUUAAUCCAAACAAAUCUGACCUGGAAAGAUGCGCAGAGUCACUGUCGGUCUUUGGGGGGAAACCUGGCCAGCAUUCGGGAUGCUAUCACUCAGUCCUACAUGACUGUGCAGGCGCACAACUUCAAACAUCCCCUGUGGAUUGGCCUGAACCUUAUGGAGACAUAUGGGUACUUCCUGUGGAUUGAUAACUGGAAGUUAAACCUGGAGAGGUGGGCCCCUAAUGAACCCAAGAAAGACCACCCCUGUGUUUAUGUGGAUAUAGAUGGAACAUGGAAAACGGCAAUGUGCGAUCAGAUUUACUACAGUGUGUGUAAACAGUCAACAGGUGUUGUCCCGACUCUACCUGUUCAGUUCCCGGGCGUUUGCCCCCAGGAAAAAGAAGAUAAACCAAGGAUGAUCUGGAUGCCCUAUAGGGGGCACUGUUACGCAUUUGUAUAUGGGAGUGAAUCAUGGUACACAGCUUCUCGAACGUGUAUGACAAAAGGAGCUGAUAUUCUUAGCAUUGUAGAUCCAAAGGAGUCUGCAUUCAUAGCGAACAGCCUCAAAAUCUUUGGGGAUGACUACAGCCUUUUCUGGAUUGGCUUGUUCAAGAACAAAAAAGGACACUGGCUUUGGCAUGACGAGAGUGUGGUGGAUUAUUUGAACUGGGAUGAAAAUGCAGAGGAAUUUUCAGGUGAUCAUUAUGAAUCCUAUGAUAUCGGUUGGUCAGAUGGAAGCGACUGUGCAGUGAUUUCAACUGCUACUGGACAGUGGGAAAAGAGGCGUUGUAGAUACACGCACAUACCCUUCAUCUGCAAAAAAGCCAAAGUUAUAAAGCCGACCACAGAACCAACUCCAACAGCACGUGCAGUCACAGGUGUGGCUCACAGGUCAUUCAGUGGGGUUUCCGUGGCUGUGCUGAUUGUGGGGCUGUGCGUUUUGGCUGGACUAUCUUAUGGCUUCUACAGAACCUCCAGAAAACAGGUUUCCACGUGUGAGAGUCCAGCGGAGGACACCGGCGAGGCUCUUCUUACAGAGAAUAAAGACACUAAAGCAUUAGUUACUCAAAUGGAGAUUAAUGAAGAAGCCCCAGCAUUGUGAAUAGAUUUAUAUGUUUUGAGAUAAUUGAACUACCUAUGUGUUCUUUUGGAUGUUUCAUAUAGACGUGUGUUUAAGACAUUGAGCUAUAUUUUUGUAAAAAAAAAAAAAAAAGAAAAGUAAUUUUACUUUAGUUUAGUAACUGUUUUUAUACACUGCCUGACCAAAAAAAAGUCACCACCUGGAGUUAAGUAAGUAAAUGAUGUGGGGUUGGUUAAUGCUGCAGUUGGUCUGCAGGUCUAGGUUCAGCAACAUUAUGUGCUGAAAGAAUUAGGUCAGCUGACUACCUGAAUAUACUGAAUAUAGACCAGGUUAUUCCAUCAAUGGAUUUUUUCUUCGCUGAUGAACACGGCCAUAUUCCAAGAUGACAAUAUCAGGAUUCAUGGGGCUGGAAUUGUGAAAGAGUGAUUCAGGGAGCAUGAGAUCAUCAUUUUCACACAUGGAUUGAUAGUUCACCACAGAGUCCAGACCUUAACCUCAUUGAGAAUCUUUGUGAUGUGCUGGAUGGAGAAGACUUUGUGCAGUGAUCAGACUCUACCAUCAUCAAUGCUGCUGCAAGAUCUUGGUAAAAAUUAAAGCAACACUGGAUUAAAAUAAAUCUUGUGACAUUGCAGAAACUUAUUGAAACAAUGCCACAGCGAAUGAGGGCCGCAAUCAAAGAUAAAGGCGUGUUUUUUUUUUUUUUUUUUGGUCAGGCAGUGUAUUGUUUAAAGGAGUGCUAUAUGUUUACAUUUAUUGUUCAUGGCUUUAGAACCCUUUCAGUAUUAAACUCUGCACAUUUCUAUUCCAAGCACUAAAUUAAAAAAUAUAUAUUUUUGGACAGAAAACAGAAAUGCAAUUUUUAGUAAUACAGAUCAGUGCAGUACAUACUAUUGUACUAUUGCUAUAUACAAUAUAUGCUGGUGCAAUAUGUAGUAUUGGUGUAGGAUAGAGUAUGUAAUAAUGCAGUAGGCAGU